GUGGUGGGUCCCAGAGGUGACUCACUCUCAUUAGGUAGCUGGUGGAAGGAGGCUUCACAUGUGUGAGCCUGGACGCUGGCCGAGGAAGGGCAGGCAAGGGCCAGGCCACCUCUAAGUCGGCUCUGACCCUGGCCUGGGGCCCUGGAGGAGAGCCAGAGCGGAGGACUCCGUGUGUCUGUUGAAUCGGUCCUGGAUGCAAAGGAAGAUGUCGUCGGUGCAGUGAGCGCAGCCUGGGAGCUGAGGCAGGGCAGGCCCCACGUGCCCAUGGAGCUGCAGGCUGAGGGGGCGCCUCCCCAGCCCCGCCUGCUGGGCUCGGAGAGUCUGGAGGCCUAGGCACAUGGGGUGGGUGUCGGCAGACAGAUGCUCCCCAGGCCCCAGGGUGUCCUGAGUGGACUGCUAGGCGGUGUACCAAAGGUGGAGGAUGCCGACCAAGGGGCGCUACUUCCUCAACGAGGGCGAGGAGGGCCCCGACCAGGAUGCACUCUACGAGAAGUACCGUCUCACCAGCCAGCACGGGCCGCUGCUGCUCACGCUCCUGCUGGUGGCUGUCACUGCCUGCAUCGCCCUCAUUGUCAUCGCCUUCAGCUACGGGGAACCCUCGGAACACCAGGCUGUCCUGGGGACGGCGUUCUUGGCACUUGCUGUGUUUGUGGCUCUCUACGUGCUGGUGUAUGUUGAAUGUCUCGUCCGGCAGUGGCUCAGGGCCUCGGCGCUGCUCGUCUGGGCCUGCCUUGUGACACUGGGCUACAUGCUGGUGUUCGAUGCAUGGAUGAAGAAGGCCUGUGCGUGGGAGCAGGUGCCCUUCUUCCUGUUCAUCGUCUUCGUGGUGUACACACUGCUGCCCUUCAGCAUGCAGGGCGCCAUCGUGGCGGGCCUUGUCUCCAGCACCUCCCACCUCCUGGUGCUUGGCGCUCUGAUGGGGGCCUUCACCACGCCCAGUGUCCAGCUGGGGCUGCAGCUGCUGGCCAAUGCUGUGGUCUUCCUGUGCGGGAAUCUCACGGGCGCCUUCCACAAGCACCAGAUGCAGGACGCCUCCCGCGACCUCUUCACCUACACUGUGAAGUGCAUCCAGAUCCGGCGUAAGCUGCGCAUCGAGAAACGCCAGCAGGAGAACCUUCUGCUGUCCGUGCUGCCGGCCCACAUCUCCAUGGGCAUGAAGCUGGCCAUCAUCGAGCGGCUCAAGGAGCACGGGGACCGCCACUACCUGCCCGACAACAACUUCCACAGCCUCUAUGUCAAGCGGCACCAGAACGUCAGCAUCCUCUACGCUGACAUCGUGGGCUUCACACAGCUGGCCAGCGACUGCUCCCCCAAGGAGUUAGUGGUGGUGCUGAACGAGCUCUUCGGCAAGUUCGACCAGAUCGCCAAGGCCAACGAAUGCAUGCGGAUCAAGAUCCUGGGGGAUUGCUACUACUGCGUGUCAGGCUUGCCCGUGUCCCUGCCCACCCACGCCCGCAACUGUGUGAAGAUGGGGCUGGACAUGUGUGAGGCCAUUAAGCAGGUGCGGGAGGCCACAGGUGUGGACAUCAGCAUGCGUGUGGGCAUACACUCGGGGAACGUGCUGUGCGGUGUCAUCGGGCUGCGCAAGUGGCAGUACGACGUGUGGUCCCACGAUGUGUCCCUGGCCAACAGGAUGGAGGCGGCUGGAGUCCCUGGGCGGGUGCACAUCACAGAGGCAACACUGAACCACCUGGACAAGGCGUAUGAGGUGGAGGAUGGGCACGGGCAGCAGCGGGACCCCUACCUGAAGGAGAUGAACAUCCGCACCUACCUGGUCAUCGACCCCCGGAGCCAGCAGCCACCCCCGCCCAGCCAGCACCUCCACAAGCACAACAAGGGGGAUGCGGCCCUGAAGAUGCGGGCGUCUGUGCGCAUGACCCGCUACCUGGAGUCCUGGGGGGCGGCGCGGCCCUUCGCACACCUCAACCAACGUGAGAGUGUGAGCAGCAGUGAGAACCCUGUCCCCAAUGGGCGCAGGCCCAAGGCCAUCCCCCUGCGGCGCCACCGGAUCCCUGACAGAAGUGCGUCCCCUAAGGGGCGGUCAGAGGAUGACUCAUAUGAUGAUGAGAUGCUGUCAGCCAUCGAGGGGCUCAGCUCCACGAGGCCCUGCUGCUCCAAGUCUGAUGACUUCUACCCCUUUGGGUCCAUAUUCCUGGAGAAGGGCUUUGAGCGAGAGCCAGGGUGGAGCCCGAGAAGGGGUCGGAGCAAGUGGCCCUGCAGGUGGGGCCUCAGCGGCCCAGCCGCCCCUCACAGUGUCUGUCGCCCCCAGUACCGCCUGGCGCCCAUCCCCCGGGCCCGCUACUACUUCGCUUGUGCCAGCCUUGUCUUCAUCUGCAUCCUGCUCGUCCACGUCCUGCUGAUGCCCAGGGUGGCAGCUCUGGGUGUGUCCUUUGGGCUGGUGGCCUGCGUGCUGGGGCUGGUGCUAGGCUUGUGCUUUGCGGAUAAAUUCUUGAGGUGCUGCCCGGCCUGGGGGACGCUCGGAGCCAUCUCUGAGAGGGUGGAGACACAGCCCCUGCUGCGGGUGUCCCUGGCUGUCCUGACCGUCGGCAGCCUGCUCACCAUUGCCGUCGUCAACCUGCCGCUGAUGCCUUUCCUGGUCCCGGUGCUGCCUGCUGGGAACGAGACAGGCCAGGGGGCCGCCAGCAGCCGGGAGAGGACCCUGUGUGAGCUCCUCCCGUAUUACACCUGCAGCUGCAUCCUGGCCUUCAUCGCUUGCUCUGUCUUCCUGCGGAUGAGCCUGGAGCUGAAGGUCGUGCUGUUGACAGUGGCCUUGGUGGCCUACCUGGUGCUCUUCAACAUCUCCCCAUGCUGGCAGUGGGACUGCUGUGGCCACAGCCCGAGCAACCUCACCAAGACCAAUGGCACCCUCAGCAGCCCCCCAUCCUGUUCGUGGGAUCUGAAGACAAUGAUCAAUUUCUACCUGGUCCUGUUUUACACCACCCUCAUCAUGCUCUCCAGACAGAUUGAUUAUUACUGCCGCUUGGACUGUCUGUGGAAGAAGAAGUUCAAGAUGGAACACGAGGAGUUUGAAACCAUGGAGAACGUUAAUCGCCUCCUUCUAGAGAACGUCCUGCCAGCCCACGUGGCCGCCCACUUCAUUGGUGACAAGUUAAACGAGGACUGGUACCAUCAGUCCUACGACUGCGUGUGUGUCAUGUUUGCGUCUGUGCCGGACUUUAAAGUGUUCUACACAGAGUGCGACAUCAACAACGAAGGGCUGGAGUGCCUGCGCCUGUUGAAUGAGAUCAUCGCUGACUUCGAUGAGCUGCUGUUAAAGCCCAAGUUCAGCGGUGUGGAGAAGAUCAAGACCAUCGGCAGCACAUACAUGGCAGCGGCAGGGCUCAGCAUCCCCUCAGGGCACGAGAACCAGGACCUGGAGCGGCAGCAUGCCCACAUCGGCAUCAUGGUGGAGUUCAGCACCGCCCUGAUGAGCAAGCUGGACGGCAUCAACCGGCACUCCUUCAACUCCUUCCGCCUCCGCGUUGGCAUAAACCACGGGCCCGUGAUUGCUGGAGUGAUUGGGGCACGGAAACCUCAGUAUGACAUCUGGGGAAACACGGUCAAUGUCGCCAGUCGAAUGGAAAGCACUGGAGAACUUGGGAAAAUCCAGGUUACGGAAGAGACUUGUACCAUCCUCCAGGGACUAGGUUACUCUUGCGAAUGCCGCGGACUCAUCAACGUCAAAGGCAAGGGUGAACUGAGGACUUACUUUGUCUGCACAGAUACUGCCAAGUUUCAAGGGUUGGGGUUGAACUGAGGGCUUUUGGUGGAUGCAGAACAUGCUGGAAGCCCGUUUCCUUCCCUGAAGCAAGCCAGGGGGAAGGCGCAGCCCCACACCAGUCAUAAAGGCAUUCCAAGGGCGUGGCCACCACCACCCUGGCUGGUGGAUCUGUGUGGCUUCCUUGGACUUGCACGAGAGGAUUUCUCAGAACGUGUGGCCUGAGGCGGCUCCCGAGCCUUAUCCUGCACAGGCAGCCGGAACCUCUCUGUUGGUCUGCGAUACGUCCUCCACCACAGCAGGAGAGGGCUCACUUGUGAGCUCCAGACCCUCAUCCCCUCAGUGCCGUGGGGGAGUCGUCAGAGCACGACCCGGAGCACACACGCCCCUGGCCGCGGCCUGUACGCUGCGCAGGCGAGACUCACCCUUUCUAGUCUAGGGGGCUCCUUUCUUCCCAGCGGACCAGCUACAAGAUUCCACAUUUCUCACACAGGCAUUCUGGUAAACAGUUGAAAGGGUGUCUUAAAUCGAUACAUGGUUUCAAGCAGUAAGGAGAAAACCCCACAAGGGACACUUCUGACUUCUUGCCAUCUCUGGCAUGUGUUUGUUUUAAGUGGAUACAUUAUUAAUGGCGGUAUCAUCUUUUUUAAUGACUUCCUGGAUGCUAGACAAAUUCUCUUCCCUCCAGUAUAGUCUUUUUGCCUUUGUACCCGCUGGCACAGAAGUGGGACCACUGUCCAGUGUGAGCGUCAGGGAUCAGCUCAGCUGUGGGAUGGAGCUCUGAGGAAUGUGACUCAAAGCAGGAAGGCAAGGAGCCUGCACAGCCUGGGCUUCGAAUCAGACAACUCUGAAGCCAGCAUUCUGAGGUCAGGUUCAGUAAGCAGAAAAGCCUAGGAAAUAAGGUAUAAGCCCAUAGCCCUUCCCUGACUCCUGCAUUUUUAAGCGCCCCCUGCAAUCUUCAGCUCUGUCUCAGUUUUGUAUUGGAAAGGCGUGGGUCUGUGGAGAGAGAACCUGGACAACCUGCAGUACUUCCUUCCUUCUCUUCAGUCCUCAGAGCUAGCUAGUGUUUUGAAGAGCUUUAAAACUAAAAGGCGUGCUACCCAGCAUAAGCACGUACAGAGGUUCCCGUGUCUGGGAAGCCAGCCCUCUCACAAAUGUUGAGACGGUCUUGUUCUGAACCGAAAGAAUUAAGGCAAGUGCUAAAAACUAGGUUUGUGAGAUGUGGUCUUAACAGUGCUUCAACUCAGAAAAAAUCGAAAGAAGUCAGCCUGUGAUUCCAGGUAAGGAAUAACCAAACUGCCCAGUCCCCUCUCUGAACCACAGUGUCCCCUGGAUUUCUAAUACAGCUGAAUUUUUAGCUAGAAGUCACCCAGGAACUCCCCUGAAAUUAUACAGAAAAUCUUGCAAACAUGAGACUUUGAAAGAUUACACAAAGCUGCAGACAGGUGACUGAGCAGCCAGGCUUCCCGGGACAGCGGGCCCGGGGGUGAGACGCCACCCCAGCCACGGGCGGGGGAACCGGAGCCGAAGCUGCGGCCGGCCUGCGCUGUGUCUGGCUUGGGGCUGGGCGGGCUGGUGGCAGUGCGGUGCACCGUAUGAAACUGGAAUAGGUAUGAAUAAAUCAUAAGAACUUGGUGUCCUAAAGGAAUUUUAUGGCAAAAACGCUGGUAAAGGAAAUAAGCCUUACUUAAAUUGCCUUUUUUACACACCAAUUCUUCAUGUAAAGGGCUGGUUUCAGGUGAGUACUACACUGAAAUCUAUACCCUGAAAAUCAUCAGUGACCAGGGCUGCUCAGCAGGGCCUUCCUGGGGCGUCAGGGAGGUUCUGUCGCUGGUACAGUGUAGACACACAUCAGUGCGCGGGGCCCCUCUGAGGGGGACAUGCUUCUUUCUACUCUUGCAAUAUUCAAAUUACCUUUUUCCUCCAGCAACGGAAAUCCCAACUGGGAGUUUAAAAAAUAACUGGUUACCACUCAUGUAUUUUUCUUUAUUUCCAAUGAAAGUACUGUGCUUGGAUAAGAAUAUUAAGGUUUUAACUUUUGAUGUUCAGAUCAUAGUGUAUAACUGACCAUAAAAACCACUUAGUUAUUUUUUAUAAAUCUGUUUUCCAAAUACCAAGUCAUUUCUUCAUAGGUGUCAUUUUGCUUUAUGACAGGACAAGUAUCUUUUCAAACACUGACCUUCUCUAGGGGUCAGGGACUUGCUUCAAGUUUCUACUAAGGUGGGCUCACUGACAUGAGUAAAAGUCACACCUGAAGUUUUCUGGUUGGCUUAUUAAGAAAAUUUCCUAACAGAAAAGAGCAUUAACCACUGUAUACAUUGUACAUAUGUACAGAAGUAUGCUUGGAGAAAGCACACACAAAUGACUAGGGGUUAUGCUAUAUACUGAAUAUUUAUAGAUCUGUAACAUUUGUUUCAAAAUGUUGUAUUUCAUUUUUAUAAAGUACCAGUAUUCCUACUUUGUUUAGCUUUUCACCGAUUAAAUUAGCAAUUUAGAAAACCUGAA